AUGCGUCCAGUCCCUUUGGGCCUCAGCUUGGCCGGCUUCGCCUCGGCUGGGCCGGCGGCUCCCAGCUCCAACCAUCCAGCCUUCGAUCCAGGAGAGCGGAAGGUGAACAAAGAGCACAUUGGAGAUGGGUUGACUUUGGCAGAUGACCCAGAGUUCGCGAAGAAGCCCGACUCUGCAACGGCUCUGCUGGAUCCCGGUUGCGAAGAAGCAGCCGGUUGGGCGGAGUAUCGGUUGGAGUUGAUGGCGCUGGCCUCCAUUGACUGGCAGGAUGCAGCUGCUUUAGCCUUUGACUGGAUGAAUGCACGUGACAUGAUGAAGACCAAAAUCAUGGACGAAGAAGCGAAGCACUGUCUGCCCGGCGUCAUCACGUCCAUCUACAUGUUGGCGCGGUGGUCGCUGGAGGUCGACGGAAGCUGGGAGUCGGCCGUCUACCUCGCCCGCACCCUGAGUGGCUACGCGUCCAGCAUGCACCCUGAGAAGUUCGAUCAAAUCACUUCCAGUGGCCAGAGGUGGCCAAUCACGGUGGGAGACCUUGAUGCAAUGCGGUGGACCUUGGCCCGACAGUCUGCCAACAGGACCACCAGCUCCUGGAAAAACCGGGCAGGCGAGAGUUACGUGGGGAACGCCUUUGGCCUCAUGGGCACCGAUGAGAUCGAGCCCGGCAUUGCCCUGCGGGAGUCCAUGAAGGUCUACGUCUAUGACGUGGAGGAGUAUCCCGAAUUGACCGUGCUGGCGAGGGGAGCUGCUUUCUGUCGUGAGAACCAAUGGGGCUUCGAGGUCUCCUUACACGAGUUCUUUCUGGCCUGCCCCUGUCGCACCGACGACCCUGCCAAGGCCGACUUCUUCUUUGUACCCCACUACACCGCUUGCCACCUUAACGUCGAAAGCUUCACGGAGGAAGAGUCGGAGCGUCUCUUCAUCAGCUUGCUGCAGAAGCUGCCACACUUCCAACGUUCACAGGGACGAGAUCAUGUCUUCACCUGGGGAGGAGGCUUUGGAGUUGAUGGGCCGUUCCGCUCGUGGCGUCGCUAUAUCGAAGAUUCCAUCUUCCUGAUGACGGAGACAGAGCUUUGGAAUCCUUACCACGACAUCACAACUCCAUCCUUCACCCCGUGGAAGGACAUUUUGAUCCCCGGACGGAUCUCGCUGUCCGAGGUGCGUUGGUCGCUGUCCGUGCGCGAUGCGCCGCGGCCCUACCUGGCAGACUUCGUCGGGUGGAACCGACCCUUGCACUCUGCACAGGGCGGUUUGGCAGCCAGUUCUCCAAGGGAUGAAUUGCUACGAAUGGCCAAUGAGCCAGAUUUACACAUCCGCCAAGAUGUGCCCUACAUGGAGGCGGCGCGCGGCGCGUUGUCCUCGAAGUUUUGCUUCGUGCCACGGGGGAAGUCCGCGUGGUCCUCCAGGUAUUUCAGGGUCCUCUUUGCGGACUGCCUUCCGGUGCUUCUGAAUGACUUCUACGAGCCGCCCUAUGGGGAGAUCUUCGAUUCUUCUGGCUUCGUGGUGCGUUGGCCCAUGCAGCAUGUGGGCCCAAAGUUACUGGAGGUUCUGAGGGCGAUACCCCAGAAGGCCUACGAAGGGAUGAAAGAAAAAGCUCGCAGCAACAGAUGUUGGUAUGUGUGGAUACCUUCAGUGAUGGACCAUGACCACGUGGACAUUCAGAAGGGAAAGCUGGAUGAAGUGUGUCCCUCCUGGAAGUCCCAGAACGCUUUCCUGGCGCUCAUGAGGCUCCUGCGAGGGCGGCUUCGAGCCUCCCAUUGGCCAUCGCUUGGCAAAGCUUUCCAUGUGCCCAAUGAGGCCGGGGAAGCUGAAGCAAUUGGUCCUGAGGUUUGGGCCACCUGA